AUGGCGCCUCUCCCGAACCACUAUGCGCAAGCACUGGAACCGCACGAUUUCGGGCCCAAGUGCCGCCUCGCCCCCGUCGUCCGCCCCUUCACGCCGCACGACGGCGACGCUGUGCCGCCGGUCAAGGCUCAGUUCUUCUACACCUCGCUGAUACCCAUCGAUGAUCCCUUGUCGACCGCCACCAUCGCCGGUUCAUCGGACGCCAAGACCGCCAGCGUCAAGCCUCAGCCUUUCUCUGAAGGCGACAACAAUGCCCUCGAAAAGGCCUGGUUGAGCCUUGCUUCCGAUGAAUACCGCAGGAACCACAGCCAAGCGCGCCGCGACCGCAGUCCGAGUCCCUCACUAGCCGACCUCAACCUGGGCAGGCUGAGAGAGAUUAUCCACGAUCUGGCGGUCAAGCACAAGGAGAGACAUGCCCGCGAGGGACCCGCCACCGAGACGCUACAACAAGAUGUCGAAGCUAUUCCGGAUGCCGAAACUAUCCUGCCCUUGUGCUGCCCCGAUCUGCUCUCAGAUGUUGGCAUACAGCUGCGUGUUUCGUUUUGCGCCGUGGCCAGGAGGCGCCAAAGGGCACUGCACCGCGAGAGGGUGGCGCACGAGGUGAUGACCGAGAUGGAAAGACUCAGUACCGACGCGGCAGCUACAGUCAUGGGAGAGCACGAAGCCAACCCCGGCCCUCCGUCGAAUCGACCUAGAGCUGCAUCAUUAGCCCAUGCAACCCUGCCGGCGAAUCUCAGGGAGAACAUGCCACCGCCCGAGAAGAGUAGCUCCGGGUCGCGGCCAUCGAGCAGACGAGGGAUCGACACCGUCAGCCGCGAAACGUCUCGCGCAAGGUCUCAGUCGCAGUUGACGCCCCGUAGUUCUCUGCACGAGGGCACCCCGAUGCCCAUCAGACCAGCGGUCCCGGAUGACGGCAUCUCGGGGAAACCCUUCGUGAGGGUCGGCACCCCCGAAUCAACUCAGUUUUCCAUAGGUUCGCUCCCUCGUGCGACAGUGGAUGCUAAGCCUCCGGCUCCGGAAGAGCCAGUAGCUGAGAUGAAGCCACCCCAACCCCCCUCUGACAUGCCUGCGACCCUACCCGACAGAGGACGACGGAAAACAAGGAAGGACACAGCGACUGUACCCGUAGGAGUCUCGAGAUUGCAUGAAGUGUCCCUGCCUGCAUUGCAAAUGAAACCGAUAUACUGGUCGCCGGUCAAUGAUAUAGCCGCCGUGCUUCGGGCCACUUGGUUCUACAAAGAUACCAUGGAGCCUAUCGAUACCACCGUGGCCAAUCAGCUAGAGGCGGGAUAUCAAGAACUGAAACCGUAUUCGGAGACAUGGAAAGACGAGCUACGCUGUGCCGUCGAUGUCGGGCCUCUGGGAGAAGAAAAAGUCUCUCAUCCACUCUGGCCCGCUCCUCCUAAAGCAAAAGCCAAGACCAAGGGUGCACCACAGGAACCGAGUAUAUCCAGCAACCCGUUCUGCGCAGCUCGUUGUUUUAGAGGUGAAGCGGCAGCCCAGGGCAACUUGAUGCCCAUGUCGAAUGAGGACAACUCGGUAGAGGCUCCUUCCCAGCGCAAAUAUGGAGAAUACCAUGUCUUGUACAAAGACGACAAGACAGCGUUCCUGCUGAAGCCUGCUCUGAAGCCAUCGGCAUACUACGGAAGGCGUCCUGUAGCGAAGAUACUCAAGGGAGUCACCAUUGGUAUUCCCGUAGUGCGAGGAUUCGAUCUGGAGGCAUACAAGAAGGUGCACGCAAAGAAACAGCAGGCCUCAAAGGGACCCCAGGCGCGCUCGGCCGCGAGCCAGUCGCAGGAGAGUACGGGGCAGGAUGUUUGCCCCGCGUGUAAGCAUGACAAGGAGCGAGGGCAGGUCACUGAUCUAGUCCUCGUGGCACAUGGUAUCGGCCAGAAGCUGGCUGAGAGGGUGGAGAGCUUUCAUUUUACCCAUGCCAUCAACGCCUUCCGCAGGGCCAUCAACAUCGAGCUCGGGUCAGAUACAGUCAAAGAGGUGAUACGCGAAGGCCAGAAUGGCAUCAUGGUGCUGCCGGUCAAUUGGCGCCAAACCCUGUCUUUCGAGGAGGGCGGUCCCAUGAAGGAAGGCGACAAGGCAGAAUAUAUGCCCGAGGGUUUCGCCCUCAAGGACAUCGAGCCGAAGACUAUUCCGGCUGUGCGCGGCAUGAUCUCCGAUAUCAUGUUCGACAUUCCCUUCUACAUGUCACAUCAUAAGCCCAAGAUGAUCUCUGCACUGAUCGGGGAAGCCAACCGGGUGUACAGGCUCUGGUGUCGCAAUAAUCCAGGCUUUGCGAAACAUGGUCGCUUGCACCUGAUCGGCCAUUCCUUGGGCAGUGCAAUGGCUCUGGAGGUUCUAUCCAAGCAGCCUACUAUCACACCUCCACUCGACCUGGACACCGAGAUACGUCUCGACAGAUUCGAGUUUGACGUGAAGAACCUCUUCCUUCUGGGCAGCCCGGCGGCUUUCUUCCUGCUGCUGGAGCGGGGUGCUCUUAUCCCUCGAAAAGGGCGCCAGAAACCCGGGGCCGACCUCGCCAGCGUGUCCAAGGACGUCGCCGGCGAGGCCGGCCUCUUCGGCUGCCUGGCCGUCGACAACGUCUACAACGUGCUCGCGCGCGAGGACCCCGUCGCGUACCUCCUCAACGGGACCAUCGACCCCAAGUACGCCAGCAGCCUCAAGACGGCGUACGUGCCCAGCGUGACGACGACGCUGUUCCAGUCCAUGGGCCACGCGGUGCGGUCCAUGGUGCCCGGGGCGUCGGCGAGCGCGGCGGCGCACCCCGAGAACCCGGCCCUGGUCAAGCCGCCGCCGGCGCUGCGGCUGCCGUCGCAGCUCGAGCUCGAGGUGCACGACUUCACGCGCGAGGACAUGGCCGAGCAGAAGGCGUACCUGCUCAACGACAACGGCCAGAUCGACUACUUCCUGCGCUCCGGCGGCGGGCCCCUCGAGAUCCAGUACCUCAACAUGCUCGGCGCCCACUCGUCCUACUGGGCCAACCCGGACCUGAUCCGCAUGCUGUGCAUGGAGAUCGGCCGCAAGCCCGGCCGCGCCCACACGCUGCCCGCCAUGCGCGCGGUCAAGGCCGGCAAGAGAGCACUGCCCAACGGUACCUCGUGA